GAACGUCACUGUUGUUUUUCGUUUCAAAAAUCAAGAAAAAUAAGUGAUCGAAAGCACGCGAACAAAGAAAAUACCACCACUCAUAUUUCAUCGUAAACACAAUUUCUAUUGUUAACUAAAAUGUUUCGGAAGCCACAGAAGCCUAGUUCCGGGAAGAAACCCAACUUGUCGCAAUUUGGUCUACUAGACGUCAAUAUUGAUGAUGACGAUGAGCCAAUGGAUGCAUCCGAUGAUGACAUGGACUUAGAAGCAGAGCUGGCUGCCCUCAGUGGCAGUGGGAGGAACAGGCCUCGGAAACCAGCCCCUGUACCGGCAGUGGACUUAGAUGCUAUGAUUGCGGCUAGUCUUCAGGACAUACCGUCUGAUGAUGAAGGAGACGAUGAUGACCCAGAGCUUCUCAACGAGCUUCAAGACCUAGGCUUAGAAGACCAGCCUGCACCUCCAGCCCCGCCUCCUCGAGUUGCCAGCGCGGACAGUAGCACCAUAAGUCUGCUGCAGGAUAGGAUUACUAACUAUACUGUUGCUGAGAAGAAUGCUAAGGCUGCUGGAGAAAGCAGCAGAGCUAGGAGAUUCGGCCGCGGUCUGAAAACCCUAAACGACCUUCUAAAACAGGCCAAAUCGGGUGCCGCAAUAGCCAAUGAUGACAUUCCUCCACCCGUCGCUGUGGGCCAAGCUCCCGCGCCCGCAGCGGAGCCGCGCCCGGCCCGGCCUGCACCCGCCAUACCUGACACUCCCAGCUCGCCCCCUCCGUCCGCUCCGCCGCCCGCGCUGCCGGCCGAAGAAGCCCCGACGCCGCCGCCGCGCCGGGCCAGCCUGCGCAGCCCCACUGAGCCCGCGGCACCCGCCCUAGAUCCUGCUAAGCAGGAGGGCUUGCAGAUCAUACUUAAGCGCAAAGAAGAAUUCAAGGCCGCCGCCCUAUCAGCCAAACACACGGACAAACCACUGGCACUCGAAUACCUCAAGGUGGUGAAACAAUUCGACAUGGUAGCUGACGCGUGGAAAUCUGGCCAGGAGAUGGAUCUAAACGAGUUGCCGACGCCUGAGGCUAUUGCUGCGGGGUUUAAGGCUCAGCAGAAGGGCGAAGACCAGACUCAAGGAGGAAGCCCCACCCGAGCGCCGGCGCCGGAAGCUCCCGCGCUUAUCACGGCUACCACAAUGGCGGAGGCACUCAAACAAAGGCUAGCUGGUUUAAUUUAUUUUAGGAGCAAGAAAGCCAAAGCAAAGGAGCAGGGUAACUCAUCAAAAGCGCGUCGCAUGGGCCGCAUAGUGAAGCAAUACCAGGAAGCUAUCAAACUACACGCGGCAGGAAAGCCGGUAGCUGUGGAUGAACUACCACCUAUAGCUGGAUAUGGACCUAUACCUACUGAUAGUCCGCACGCCGCGCCCGCGCCGACGCCGACGCCAGCGCCGCGCCCCGCGCCCGCGCCCGCGCCCCCCGCGGCCCCCGCAGCGGCCGGGCAGGCCUCGCGCUACGACAAGCAGCUGGCGCUGCUACUGCACAGGCAGAAGGAGUUCCGGGAAGCCGCGCUCAGAGCUAAGAAGGCCGGCAACAUCGAGCAAGCAAGGGAAUACCUCCGGGCAGCCAAAGGGUUCGACGCAGUGAUAGACGCGGCGAAAGGCGGACUUGCUGUCGACUUGAAAUCUCUUCCACUACCGCCCUCGGCCAAGAAGCAGCUUGAGCAUACGUUUGACGUAGUAACAGCAGAGGACUGCACACCACCUGACGAUGAACCCAUGACCGGUUCAGACGACGACAUACUAUCCAGGCUACACAACCAACUGACCAGUCAGCUAAAACUAUGCCAGGCCAAUCGCGACCAUAAUAGGGCCAUGGGAAAUAUUGCCGAGAUGAAUAGAUUCGAGCAUUUGGCUGUUAGAGUGAAACAGGAUUUAGAUGUCGUCACUGUUGCUAAAAGUUUAAACCAAAACCCUCCCAAGUUCCAUUACGAAUCGCGGCAGUUCGCUGUGGUGCAAUGCAAUACGGACCUUAACGAGAACGACUUGGAGCUCACAAUCGUGCGCGGGAUCGCGUACAACGUGCCUAACCCUAAGGAAGUCGACACAUAUGUUAAAUUCGAGUUUCCUUAUCCACAAGACGCGCCAAUAGUAGACAGGACAUCCCAAGUAAAAGACACGAACAACCCCGAAUACAACGCAGUGUUCCCUCUGGCCAUACACCGGGCGGGCCGCCCUUGCCUCCGAGUAAUCAAGCGUCAUGGCAUCAAGUUUGAAGUGUACUCAAAAGGCUGUUCAGUGUGCGGCGCUUACAACCUUUUGUGUUGCAGCGGCUGGUUCUCCAAGGACUCGCUGCUGGGGUCCUGUAUGGUCAAGUUGGCGCCUUUGGAGACGCAAGUUACUAUUCAUGAGGCGUUUCCGCUCCUGGACAGUCGAAAGAAACCGGUAGGCGGCUCGUUAGAAAUCAAACUGCGCGUACGCACACCGCUGUUGCAGCAACAGAUAGAGAGCACAACACACCGAUGGCUUGUCAUCGAUAGCUAAGGAAUUUAAUGAUACAAGAAUCUAUUGUAUUUGGUCGCUUGACAUGGCGAUGUACUCCCAUAGGGAUAGGUAGAGCGCAUGAAACCGAAACCCUUAAAUGCAUACCCCCUUAUUCAUAAACGUUCACUAAAGUUAUCAAGCCGAUAAAGUUCGU